AUGAGUGCACAGAUGAGCCAGAUGAGAAAAGACCUCGAAGAGAACGAGGAGGCCCAGGCGUACAUGCAGGCGUUGCGGGGGGCGGGGAUCAGGGACUACGCCUCCGCCGAAGGAGAGAUGCGUCUCCUGGAGAUCGAGGACGGCGAGGCGGAGGGGGCGGGAGGAGAAACGGACAGGCUUCCGCUGGUGUAUGACCCGGAGGCCCUCAAGGAUUACUUUGCUCGAAGACCUCAGGUGGCAACGAGGCGAACCCUUCAGCUCGCUGGGGCGUUCUCGGGCUUCGUUACGAGCUACCUCCUCGACUUGGCAAGGGGAAAAGUGAAGGAGAACGAGAUUGCGCGGGCGAUACAGCUGCGCGAGAUUAUCACGUCGCUGGGCCCCUUCUACAUCAAGCUGGGGCAGGCGCUGUCGAUCCGACCGGACAUUCUGUCCCCCGGCGCGAUGGUGGAGCUGCAGAGACUUUGCGACAAGGUCCCGUCGUUCGACAGCACCAUCGCAUUCUUGACGAUGGAGUUGGAAUACGGGAGGCCAGUGGAGGAAAUAUUUGUGGAUAUCACACCGGAGCCUCUCGCGGCAGCCUCCCUCGGACAGCGGACGGAUCUCGUGGCCCUCCUGGACGAGUUCGCGAGUCGUUUCUUCGACGAGCUGGACUACGUCAAGGAGUGCGCCAACGGCGUCGCCAUCAGGGACCAGAUGCAGCACAUCAAGCAGGUGGUGGUGCCAUUCAACUACCCGGAGUUCACGACCAGGCGCGUGUUUGUGUCGGAGUGGAUCGACGGCGAGAAACUUAGCCAGAGCAAGGCGGACGACGUGCAGGACCUCGUCAACGUCGGAGUCACGGCCUACCCCCAUCCGGGUAACCUCAUCCGAACCCCGGACGGCAAGCUGGCCAUCCUCGACUUUGGCCUCAUGACGCAGAUCACCGACAACCAGAAGUUCGGCAUGAUCGAGGCGAUCUCGCACCUGGUUCACCGCGACUACGAGGGGAUCGGGGACGACUUCAAGCGCCUCGACUUUAUCCCCGAAGAGGUGGACGUUACCCCGAUCAUCCCGGCCCUGACGAACGUGUUCAACAUGGCCCUCGCCGGCGGUGGCGCUAAGAGCAUCAACUUCCAGGCCUUGGCUUCGGACCUGGCGCAAAUCACCUUCGAAUACCCCUUUCGCAUCCCGCCGUACUUCGCGCUCAUCAUCAGGGCCAUCGGCGUGCUGGAAGGGAUCGCGCUGGUGGGCAACCCCGGCUUCGCUAUCGUGGACGAGGCCUACCCCUACAUCUCCAAGCGCCUGCUGACGGAUGACAGCCCCAGGCUCAGGGAGGCCCUCCGCUACAUGAUCUACGGCAAGAGCAAUGUCUUCGACGUGGAGAGGUUGAUCGACCUCCUUCAGGCGCUGGAAUCCUUCCAGGCCAAGGGAGACACGACGACACCGACACAACAAACGGGGUCGGCGCUAUCGACGACGACCUUGGCAGCGCCAGCGACCGCGGCGGCGGGAGGGGGACCAGGGCCGGGGAGGGUUGCCGCGGUGACAACCCCGUCGAGCGACGCGAGGGAGGCGUUGAGGUUCCUGUUCGGGAAGGACGGGGAGUUCUUCAGGGAGUUCCUGUUGGAUGAGGUGGUGAAGGGCGCCGACUGCCUGGGAAGGGACGCGGCGAGAGAGCUGGCUUUCACGGUGGGCCUCAGGGGCAGCAACGUGCCCAACCUGCUGAGGGCGGUGACGCCGAAGCUCAGCGACGAGGACCGGAAGGUGGUGGACAACACCAACAAGCUCCUCGCCUUCCUGCUGGGGAACCUCCAGGACGAAUCCCAGACAAAGCAGCGACAGACCCCGGUCAACCCCGCCCAGGGACUGUUCGGCCUCCGCGUGGCAACUCCCCCCUUCAACCUCCUGGGCCUGGGGACAUCUGCGCGGGGCACCGCAUUGCGAGAGGAGCUGACCCCAGUGAUUCGGGAGCUGGGGCCGGAGAUGAGGGAGUUCGGCUUACAGGUGGUGGGUCGGCUCACCGAAAAGCUUGCCACGAGGGUGCUGCGCUACACCAGCGGGCGCGUCCUUAACAACUACUACAACGACGGUGGCGGCGGGGAAGGCAGCAGGGGCACGAGCCGCGGCGGCGCCGGCGGUCAGUACGGCGCAAGAGCAUCGCCAGCAGCAGCGGGAGCGGGAGCGGGAGCGGGAGCGGGAGCGGGAGCGGCGACGUCUUCGUCUUUUUCCACGCGCGGCAACGGGGUUUCGAGCCCCGGGAGGGUGGCGAGGCCGGGGGGUCGAAAGUUCGGAGAGGGCUUGUGAAGAGGGGGGGGGGCUAUGGGGCAUGACCUACCUGGCUGUGCCCCCCAUUGAUUGUAGAUGGAAGUUGGGCUGGUCUUCGCCGUGGUAUGGGGACUCUCUGCGAAAACGCCAGAAGGGUGGGAGUUCACAGGAGGAGAUUUUGGCGCCAGAUUUUUCUGUGCACACAGGUUUUUGCAGCUUGUUUUUGCCGCUGAGGACGGUUUUUGAGUCGGGUAAUUCUUUGUGUUUUUUGUGGUCCGUGGUUCGUUUUUUUCGGUAGUUUGUUUUCCCCAUAACAAGAGUAGGGGGCUGGGGUUAACGUGCAUGCGCCUUAGGAGUGAUGUGAUCGGCAUUGUCUUCUUGCAGACUGCCCCCCCCCCCCCCCCCCCCGGCGGGGGGGCGGGGGUUCCCCGGCUCUCUUGGGGGUUUAAUGGCCGGCCCCCGGGGGGGUUU